CGCGUUUCGCAAUCGACGUAGUAGCAGUAGCAGUACUGCAACCCUAUCUAAUUUUGCUUUACUGCAGCUACGGUAGUUGAUUCCGAAACGCACCCUUAAUAUAUCCUCUCAACCCGUUGCCAUUCCACGAGGCAUUGUUCCAUUGGUGAGCAACGAGUCAACUGGUAACCGUCCAAAUUCAUUAUCGAGAAGUAACAUUUGACACCUCUGUUUAUGAAUUACCCCAGCACCUCCAACUGUCAAUCAGAUUAAUUCGAGUUAAUUGAUAUAUACGUCACGAAUUUGGCCAAGUGAAUCAGAUUAGUCUGUUGUAAUAACUAGUUAUUGGCACUGAGUUCGAUUGUGGGAUUAAGUUAUAAAGAUGGACAAUUCGUACAAUAAAGUCACGCAUGUUUUAUUCGACAUGGACGGACUUUUGCUGGAUACAGAGUACCGGUACACAGAAAUUUACAACAGAGUGAUCAGAAAAUACGGGGAUUACACAUUCACUUGGAACCAUAAGGCAACAACGAUGGGCUUCCAUCCUAUCGAGAGUGCAAAAAAGGUCAUAGAAAUAUUCAAUCUCCCAACUACUCCCGACGAAUUCAUGGAACAACUAACUCCACACUACCAGGAGCUAUUUCCACAUAGUCAACUGAUGCCAGGUGCAGAGAGAAUCCUCCGCCAUCUCCAUAAGCACAACAUUCCGAUUGCCCUGGCCACGAGCUCGGGCGAGACCAGUUAUGAGUUGAAGACAAAGAAAGUUAAACCAAUGUUUGAAUUAUUUCAUCACAAGGUCCUUGGAGGAUCAGAUGCUGAAGUUAAAAAUGGUAAACCAGCACCCGAUAUAUUUCUGGUGGCGGCCCGCCGAUUUCCUGAUAAUCCAGAGCCUUCGAAGUGCCUAGUGUUUGAGGAUGCACCGAAUGGUGUUCAAGCAGCUCUAAGUGCAGGAAUGCAAGUUGUUAUGGUACCUGAUCCAAAUUUACCAAGGGAACUAACUAAGAAAGCAACUAUAGUUCUUGGGAGUUUAGAAGGAUUCAAACCAGAACUUUUCGGCCUGCCUCCAUAUGACAAUUAACUAGAGCCCAUUCUUCAAUCUCCAAAUAGUUGAAAAUUCGUCAUCAAUCAACCAGAAAAAUUGACCAAGUGACGAUGGAAAAUUAAAUUCCAAACACUGAUGGAUAAUUUCAGUUCUCACAUUAUGUGAAGACACUGCAAUGAAUCGUCGCCAGGUGCUGACAACUAUGCUCUCCUUUCAUUUUUUGUUUGAAGAUUCCAAUACUUAUUUUGAUAAAUUGUAUUAUGUAUGCAAUAAAGUGGUUUCCAAGACUA